AUAUAAUAGUAGUGUCAAAUAUUGGAUCAACACAAUGAACAACACAUCAAUCAUUGUUGAGCAGUCACCGAACUUUCAAUUUCUCUCCGUUUGUCACUACAUUACUCUUCUUGGUACUUUUUUUCACAAUACAAAUUUUAUAACAUUUGAGCAGCAAAGUCAACCUGACAUUGUUGUCAACACUUUAAUUGAGUAUCUAACGAUUGCGAAAAACGAAACCCGCUCGAAACAUUUCCUUUUAACUACAAUACUAAAAGGAACUGAUCUCUAUGGUGGUGAAAAAGGUGAAAAACUUGACAAGAAAUAUGUAAAUGAAACCUUUAAGUACUUCAUUAAUGGGGUACUAUUUCCCAACUAUAGCAACAUUAAUUUGUAUUUGGCUGAAAUGAUUCAGAAUUCAGAUAAUUUAAAUUACUCAAUUUUUAAGAAAACCGUGUAUAAUCAUCUCUUGCAACAUCACUUCAAUUGGGAAUACUGUUCGCAAAAAAAUUACACAUCAACACUACCUCAAUUGACAAUUAAAAAAAUUUUCGACGAAUACAUUUGGUCAAUUUUUCCCCAACCCGAAGAAGACAUGAGCAUAAUGGACGUUAAAUACAUGUAUUCAAUGGUAGGUUUAAAUAUCCUCAGGUCCACGUCAUUGGAUGAACCAAAUCUGUCGUUCUCGGAAUAUAUUUUAAUCUCGCGAGAACUUGAUUUGCAGCAUAUCGAUAAUGAAACCUAUAAAAUUGUAUUACCGUAUUACUCAACUGCAGCUUUAUUUUUUUAUGCCUCUAAAGGUAGAGGAAUAAAUAAAAUUAAUUUAAAUGAUGAAUUUUGGAGAGAAGCUUAUAAAAUUUUAUUUACCGAAAUUGAUAUCAAAAUGAAUGAAAUUGUAAGUAAAGAAAUUGAGAAUAGUUUGCCUUACAAACUGGAAAGGCAAAUCAAUAAUACCAAAACUCGGACGAUGAUUGCCCGAGAAAUACUUCUUCUUUAUUGUUUUCCUUCUGUCCAUGGUGUCUAUAUAGAAACAUUUGUGUACUUAUAUAAAACCGUGUACCUUUGGACACUAAAAUCUAUACUCCAGCGGGAUUGCAAAACAAGUCAUUUUCCAGAUUUAAAUAAUGUAUUUUUUAAGCAAUUUCCAAAAGUAGAAAAACUGUACAAAGAAAUUGAAAGAAAUGCAAUUACGAAAGUCUUUAUAGAUAGUGAAUUAUAUAAAAAAAUUAAUUUAAAUGGAUUUAUGUUUUCUGCAAAAGUAGAAUACCGUCCAAAGCUUUGUCAUUCUUGCCCACUUCAAAUAAUAAAUCUAAACGAGAACAUACAUACACUAUUUGCAAUAGCUGGUAACAGAAUAAAAGAAUUUUACGCUAUUAGGCAGAUGAACGGAGAAUUGACAUUAGUUAAUGUCAAUGGAAACCUAACAAAAUUUAUUCAUUCCAUUGUUACUGAUAAAGACAAAUCAUAUAAAAUGAACUUAAAUCCAUACUCAACGUAUAAACAUGAAAAUGAAAAUUAUAAAUUUUUUGUUGAAAGAAUUGCCAAUAUGAAGACAAAGCUGUUUAUAACAAACAUGACAAAUGUAUAUUAUGAGGAAACUCUUGGGGAAAAAAUUUUGAAUGUCGUAAAAAGUUUUAUCCCAUUAUACAAUUGUAUUGAAAGUUCAAUAGCAGGUGACAUACGUGGAGCCACGUUAAGUUGUAGCCUGGAUAUUUUAAGUUUUAUGCCACUUAUAGGUUUAUUUGCAUCAACUUCAUUUAAGAUAGUCAACAGUGUCGGAGGUUCAUUUUCUAAGAAUGUUUUUUUUGUAAACGCUGUUGCAAAGACAUCCGGAAUUGUGACCAAAAUGUCAUUAACUACAGCGUUAAAGACAAUUGCAAAAGAUUCUGUUAUAACAAUAGCAAAUCAAAUUGUAACUAAAGAAUUCUUUAAAGGUUUAACAAUAGCCUCCCUUCGAACACUAGAUCCUGGAUUUGAAUUACUUCACUCAAUGGGCCGCUUUAGUUUUAAAAUGUUAGGAAAACUGGUUAAAAAUUUUGAAUUAAUUUUUAAAACUAUAUCACAAGCUAAAAAUUUUAUAUUAUCACUAAAAACCUUAUUAAUGAACAUGCAACGAAAUAUGCAUCUGAUAACUGACAUAAGGGGAUUAGUACCAAAGGUUUUAUUGAAGAAAAAUAAUUAUGACAUUGUUAGAUACCAUUAUCCUAGUGGUUCACAUUUAUUUGGACCUGAGUGCAUAAGAUCACUUGACACGAUUGCCGAAUUAAGAACCGUGCAAGGAGCUUCAUAUAAGGUUGCAGUUGUUCCAGUAAAAUCACCAGGUGAAAUUUUUUACAAACAAUUUGUUCCAGAAACUGGCGAUAUAAUUGGACCCAACUUAAAAAUGGAUAACAAUGAUCUGCUUCGUCGAGUUAAAUUUAUGGUAGCGGAUAUGGUGGCUAAUGGACCAGAAAUGAAAAUAACUCGUGAUUAUCAUGUCUAUCAUAAUACAAUAGAAUGGAAAAUAAUUCCUUCGAAGGAAAACUCGCCCGUAAAUUUAAAUCAACAACUCAGUCCAUUGGAAAAUAAUUCUCCACAACUUCCUAAUCUCCACCCUCAUCCACUUCCGGUAUCAACCAAUGUGCUGGAAGAAGUAGAUUAUAUUAAUUCAAUGAUUAAAGAAGGCGAUAUAUCAAAUAGUUUCGAAUUCUCAACAGUACAAAUGCAAAGAUUACAAGAAUUUUUGGAUAAUAUCCCCGGAACGUCGAGACAAACUUUACAAAUUAAACCAAAAGUAAAUAUUGAAAAAGUCGAAAUAAUACCAAAGGGUUACGAUCAUUCUUCACAAUAUGUAAAACAAAUACUAGAAGGAUUCAAAGAAAAUCAAAAUCUAAAUCCAAAUAAAAGAAAAUUAGAUACAAUGUCAGAAAUUAAAGAAAAUAUUGCAUCACAUCAACAUGAAACACAAGAUUUAUUGGAUAAUAUCCCCGGAACGUCAAGACAAAAUGUACAGCAAAAUCCAAAUUUAAGCAAAGAAAAAGUAAAUACAGUAUCCGAAGGUUUAGAGAACACUUUACAUCGGGAAAAAAUGCAAAAAUUGGUGUUUCACUCCGGGACUUCAAUGAAACGUUUUGAAAAUACUCCAGUGUACUAUAAAACGAUGUUGAAACUCGCAAAGUACAACGAAUAUGUAAAUUUAUUAAAAUUAUGGAGAAACAAUGGUUUAAAAUUUAUGAUGACAAAAAGAACUAAAAUAUAUAAUUUCCGUCGUGCGUUAAAUUCUCUGGCUCAUUUUCAAUUGAAUAAUGGAUAUCCGUUAAGAAUAUCACGUAAACUGUAUCACACUCAAAUAAUGAAUGGAAUAGAAAAUGUUAAUUUAUUAAGUAAUUUGAAAACAAAAGAUUUUUUCUUUAAUGACAUUACUCUUUUGACAAAUAAAGAAUCAAUGCCACUAUUAAAAUUAAAGGAUUCAGAAAUACAAGUACAAUACAGCUUAACAAUUACUUCUCCAUAUGGAAUUGUAGACUUAUCUCAUAUUCAUGAAGACUUUGUAAGUGACUACAUAACAUUUGGCGAUGUAGUAUUUACAGUAAAGGAUAGUUCUUUUAUUGAAAGUAACAAGAUUUUGAAUAUCCAAUUAGAGCAAAAAAGAAUGUCAUUCAGUCACUGGUUUCAAUUUUUAGAGAAUGAUUUAACAGAAUUGUUGCAGAUGGAAAAAAAUGAAAAAUUACCAAGAUUGAGUGAGAUUGAAAAGCACGCCAGCAUCUUAUCCAACAGUCUUCCGCUGACUUCCUUGAAAUCAGCAAGAAGAAAUCUCGAAGGGUAUAUUUUAAGAAUAAAACCAAAUAAAAAUGUUCCAACUUAUAAUGAAUUGGUCAAUGAAAUAUUAAGUGGUAAAUUAACGCAUUUAUAUGAGGAUUGGAAAAUAGGUUUUCAUCCGUAUAUUCAGGACUUGUUACUUAAAAGUCAUUUAGAUAAUAUUUUUGCAGAAAGUCAUGCAGAAAGAAGAAUUCAGGAGAUAUAUGGUUUAACCUAUUCUCAAGAUAUAAGUACAGCUUUUUCUAAAUAUAAUAAGAUUAAAGAUAUUAGACAGCAUCUUCGAUUUGAGGAUUAUUAUAUUUUAUAUUCCUAUACGAAGAGAAAGAGUUUAUUAAAUAUUGAUGGACAAAGACGAAUGGAUGCUGCAAUUAAUCGACUAGCGCUUAGACAAAGUGACACAGACAGAGUAGACUUAAUGUUUCAUCGUGCUGAAAUUAUAAGCGAAGAUUAUGCUUCGUACCUUUUAUCACUCGGGAAGAAAAAAUUUAUUACAUUUGAAGAGAAUAUUAUGUUAUAUCCAGAUCGUAAAAUGGAAUUAGAUAAUUGUCUGAAGAUGACGCGUACUUCAAAUCAAAUGCCAUUAAUAAUGGAUAUUAGAUUGAAAAAUGCGGCUGGUCUUGCUGACGUUACUAGUGUCAUUUCCGACGAAACUCAUCCAUUUUAUGUCAUGACAUCGAGGUCUGAAUUUAUUUUAGAGGAUAAUGUAUAUAUUGACACAAUUGAAGGUGUGGAAGUGCUGAUUAUGAAAAUAGAGGAUGGUGGAAGUCCAUUGGAAAAAAGAAUGGUUAAUAUCGCAAAGAAUCUUCAGGAAUUAUUUUCUACAAAUACCAAGUUUUACUCGGAAUUUGGUAAUUAGAUUUUAGUAAAAUUUGUUGUUUUAAUAAUAAUAGACACAGUGUGCGUGUCACAUCCCAAUGGGAAAAAUACCAUUGGCGUAUUAAUGGCCCAAUAAUGGGAGCCAGGGAUGCCAAUAUAAUUUCAAUAAUGGCACCCAAUAAUGGACCAUUAUUGGUAAAGUCAUG